AAAAAUUUUACAUCUAUUAUUAAAAAAAUAAUAAUUUUAUUUUUGUUGGCUGGCAAGUGAAACCCAUUUUAAGGGUUGUUUUUCAUUUCACUCACAAAUUUGAGUUUCUUACUCAACAGAAAAACUUCUCCGCUCUCUUCUCCAGCGAAGCCCUCAUUCUGAAUUUUUAGGGCUUAAUAUUCUUUCUGUCAGGUUGGAUUAACAUAAAAUUUUCAUUGUCUGGCGAAAAAGAGGGUUCAAAUGGCAUCAUCCAUGGCUGAUGAGGACAAAAUUUCGAAACUACCUGAUGCACUGAUCACUCACAUACUGUCUUUCCUCCCCACUGAAGAAGUUGUUCGAACGUGCCUUCUUUCAAAGCGUUGGAAACUCAUCUGGUAUUCAGUCCCCACUAUCUUUUUCUCCAAUGAUAAAAAUAGGGAUGAUCUUGAAAAGUUGUACAAUUAUGUCGAUAAAUAUGUGGAACAACGCAAGAGAGGUAUGGAAUUUAUGGUCGAUUCAGACAUAACUAGUUUUGUGCUUAAUAUGUAUGGAGAAUGUGAAAGAAGUAAGACCUGCCUCAUAGAUAAAUGGUUAGGUUUUGUUCUUGAGAAAAAAGUAAAGAAAAUAAAACUUUAUCCGAGUCUAGAUCCAUUCGUCUACUACAGCUUACCGAAAAUCAAAACAAUGUAAGUUAAUUAAUUCAUAAAAAAAAUUCUACAUUAAAUAUUUAAAAGAUAUAUAUUUGAAUGAUUUUUGUUUAUAUUUUUAAACUUUUCCUUAACUAUAUAUGUAGAGAGCAAAGUGCAUUUGUAAUCGUGUAAGAUUUAUUUAAAUUAAAAAUUAAAAUUUUAAAUUCAAACUAAUAUAAAUUAAUUAAUUCAUAACAGAAUUUUUAGUUUUUACAUUAAAUAUUUGAAAUUAUCGGAAACCUAAGACACGAUCUUCUUUUUAUUUAAAAAUUUCCUAGUGUUACUAGGACAAGGAUUCUUUUUUUAACUGAAUAUAUAUAUGAAUGAUUUUUAUUUUGAUUUUAAGUUUUUCCUACUACUACUGCUAUUAGGACUAGGAUAUAUAUUGGUAUUACGUGUAACUAUAUAAAUGGAGUAAACCUAGAGCAUUUCUAAACAUUAUUUCAUUUUACAUUUUCAAUUAUUUGUUGUUAAGAAAAGAAUUGGUGAGAAAUGAAGAGACCGAGAGAAGAUGAUCAUCAUCAUCAUCGUGAUGAUAACACCAAAAAUGAUACUCUGCCUCCCACCAAUACCAUGCCCACAAUUCUUAUCACUAAUAGUAAUAAUAAUAACAAUAAUAGUUCAACUCAUGAUCAAAAACGUCCUAAUCUUAGAUUCAAAAUAAAGAUUCUUUCAAGGACACCGAGCUAUCGUUUUCUACCAAAGAAUUCCUUUGAUGCAAUCACGCCUACUUCUUUAACUGAUACUGAAAAAUUAUGCUCUGAAGUAUUAAAUGACCGUUGUGCUUUAGUCACUUCUGGAAAAAGUGACGAGUACUAUUUCAAGCAUGCUGAGAAAAAUAAAUACGAAAAACUUAUGUUUAAAUGCGAAGAUGAGAUGUUUGAAUUUGACAUGUUGCUGGAGUCUGUGAAAGUAACAAUCAAGAAUGUGGCACAACUCAUGGAGAAGAUCAACAACAACAUCGACAUCGCAGAAAUGAUCUGUAUUGAAGAUUACUUGACACCUCAAAAUCUUAGAUGUAUUAAAAAAUUGUACAGCGAGCUAGGAGUUGAUGAUAUUGUGGAUGCAAUGAGGAAGAACCCUAUUCGUACGUCGCCUUUUAUAUUAAGAGAAUUGGAACAAGAAUAUGAAAAGUUGGCGAGACGCCGUUGUGAUAAGAAUAAAAAUUGGGCAGAUGUGUACAAAAAGAACUAUCGCAAGUCACUUGGCAGACCACUCAACAAAAACUGUCAAGACAUUAAAAACUCAUCUUAAUUAAUAAAAGUAGCUUGUUCUGAAAUUAAUUUAUUAUGUAUGUAGCAUACUGUUCAAUAUUUGGUUUAAUAAAUAAAGUAUUUUACUUUUUAUUCUGUUUUUUUUUUAUUAAUAUUGGUCUUAAUAAAUAUUGAAGGUGAUGUAAUUUUGAUGAAAAUGAGAAUAAUGAGGUUAAUUGAUUAAUAAAUUUGUUACAUCAUAAUUAACUAACUAACAUUCUAUAUGUUAAGAGAAGCAAUCUUACUCUGUAUAGAAACAAAAUUUUCAAAAUGAAACUUUUCAAACAAACACCUUAAUAGUGCUCAUAAACAAUUGCAUCAAUCAAGUAGAUGUUUAAGAGCAAUUACAUCAAUCAAAAAUUAAAAAAAAAAAAAAAACUCAAAAUGACUGGGAAGUUUUUCUUUUUCGUAAUUAAACCAUAUGAGAAA